UCCAUGCAUGCACCAUUAAAAGUUCCACGGAGAUCAUGACUGCAUAUACAUGAAAACAUUGGAUACCCUUGCUUUGGAUUUGGUUCAAUCUAUGCGACGUGUACUAGCUACAUUAUGCGUUGAGGUAUACCCUCCGUAUUUGAGUCAAUAUUCUUGAGGAAAGGAGCUCUUGUUGUAAUAACCAGGACAAUAAAUGCAUUUUUUUAUAGUGUUGAUAAGGCACAUUCUACCUAUUAUUAAUAAGGUACUGAUCGAUCGUAUAGUUCAGGUCCCUAGAUAUAGAUCCGGGCCUUGGUUGAACUGUGCUCAAUAUUGCAUGAAGUAUACAGACACUUUAUCUGGAAUAGAAGUAUCUAAACCUUGGGAGAUCGAAGAUGGCUGAAUCGUCUGAUGAAGGAGACUCGAGCAGAACUCGUACCAUCUUGUGGUGCAUGCCCCGUUCAGUCUCAACUGCUCUCACGAAGUGUAUUAGUUUCAUUCCAGACACGCAGGUGUGGUUCGAACCUUACUGUUACUCCUACCUCGCAAGGCGGGAAAUACAAAGUCGUCUGCGCGUCGACUUGCCAACGAGUUACCAUGGCAACGAACAUAUGUUUCGUCAGGCAGCUAGUUUCAUGAACGAAGCAACUGGCUGCAAAUCAUUCAAAGCUGAAUGUCUGUCGUAUGACGAAGUGAAGCAAGCACUUGAAAGCUCGACGAGCAAGCAUGUCUUUGUUAAAGAUGCGGCAUUCAGCAUUAGCGAGAAAGAGCAUCCAUUCAUACCGACUGGAUACAAGCACACUUUUAUUAUCCGUCAUCCUCUGCGCUCCUUCUACUCUCAAAGAAAAAUGAUGUUCGAGCACCUCUCCAAGCUCGGCCUCUUAUCGGGUGAAGCUGCCGACGAGUCGACCUACGACGUCGAGCGACACAACCACUACAUGACCCCCGGUCUUUUCAUCAAGGACGUCUACGACCUCUGGAAGUAUAUUCGGGAGAAUGUGGAUAGCGACCCGAUCGUGAUGGACGGUGACGAUCUGCUCGCGAAUCCUUCCGAAAUGCUACCGAAGUACUGCCGAGCUGUUGGACUACCUUACGAAGAAUCCCGAUUGAAGUGGGAUGCUUCGCUGGAGGUGGUGAAGAAGUGGAAAUUGCCCGCCGAUGACCUGGUGGAGAAUAUUGUAGCGUGGUAUGGAACUGCGACCAGAAGUAGUGAAUUUAAACCGGCCAAUAGGAUGCCUUCUCGUGAUGAAGUCACUCAUGACGUCAUCAGAUGUACUGACCAAGUUUUGCCAUUUUAUAAAGAGAUGUAUGAACAUAGAAUGAAAGUCUAAACAUUAAUUGUUCUCAUUCUAUGAAACCUCAGGGGUUGGGUGAACUUGUGGAAAAGUGUACAACUUACUCAUUUGCAGCAAGCCGCGAGAU